AUGAAAUCUCAGGACGGCACAAUUGCCGAAGGGGCGCAUAUCCGUCGAGAAGGCCAGCACAGUGAUGGACAUCCUGAAAAUACUACUAGUGCAGGGUUCGAGAGUGAAUCAGAGGGGCCUGUCCUGCUUACGGAGAAGAAUUCACAAAACGACGGUGACAGCGCCAGAGGUGAAUCGGACAUAUCAGCCACUAAAGACACCAGAGAAGGGCCGAUUUACAACGAAAAAGCAGUACCGUUGGCGGGCGAUGGGCUGCUAUUCCAGGCUAUUACUAGGGAUCAAGAGCCUAACUCUCCAGAAUGCCGCCUAGCUCGUUCACGGUCAUCGCAGCCACCUCCGCCAGCAGACCCGGAGAACCUUACCCGGCUAGGUUCUCGCAUGUCAACAGAUCCAGACGGCAACAUAUACCCCGAAGGCGGACUGGAGGCCUAUCUGGUUGUGUUUGGAUGUUUCCUCUGUCUUUUUGGCUCCUUUGGUCUGGUUAACGCGAUAGGAACCUUCCAGGCUUAUAUGAGUGAGAACCAGCUGAAAGAUUACGAUCAGAGCUCUAUAUCAUGGAUCUUCGGGGUCUUCUCUUUCCUUAUCUUCUUUGGAGGUCUUCAGAUUGGCCCUAUUUUUGACGCAAAGGGCCCCAAAGGGUUAGUGUUGGUUGGCUCGACUCUAGUAAUCGGGAGUCUAAUUGCCCUUGGGUUCUGUACCAAUUACUGGCAGAUCAUGGUUGUCUUUGGUGUGGUAUGUGCUGCAGGAACUUCGAUGGUGUUCACUCCUGCAGUGGCCAAUCCUGGCCACUUCUUUUUCCGCCUUCGAGGUCGGGCAACCGGCCUAGCUGCCACCGGUGGUAGCGUGGGAGGUAUUGUCUUUCCCUUGGUGUUGGAUACCCUCUUCACGAAGAUUGGAUUCGCCUGGGCCACUCGUGUUUUGGCUUUGAUAUGUUUUGUCAGUCUCGGCGCCGGGCUUUUGUUGGUCAAAUCACGACUACCCAGGAAGCGUGCAACCAUGGAGAACAUCAUGCCAGACCUUCGUAUUCUCCUCGAACCGGUAUUUGCGUGCACGACAAUUGGCAUUUUCUGUAUAGAAUGGGGUCUGUUCGUGCCUCUUACCUAUAUUUCCUCCUAUGCUCUCCACCAUGGCAUGCCAAAGGCACUAUCCUACCAGCUCCUGGCCAUCCUUAAUGUUGGAUCCUUUUUCGGGCGAUGGGCACCAGGGUAUAUAUCUGAUUAUACAGGGCGUUUCAAUACGAUGAUUGUCACAGUCCUGAUGUGUCUGCUCUCCGUUUCUUGCCUGUGGCUUCCGGCCAAUGGCAACCAGGCGAUGACGAUAGCCUUUGCAUUCAUCUUUGGUUUCUCGAGUGGGAGCAAUAUUGGGUUAACGCCAGUGUGUGUUGGCCAGACAUGCAAGACGGAGAAUUACGGACGGUACUAUGCCACGGCGUACACGGUCGUUAGCUUUGGAUGCUUGACCGGUAUACCCAUUGGAGGAUCAAUCCUCACCCGUAACGGCGGUGACUACUGGGGUCUCAUCACCUGGACGAGUUGCUGCUACUUCACAGGGCUCGUGUUUUUCAUCGCUGCCAGGGUGCUUCGAGUUGGCUGGAGCCCGUUCAAGAUAGACUAA